UUUCGGGAAUCUUAUGUAAAACAAAUCAAAGUGUAUUUUGUGUUAUUUCAAUAACAAUAUAAAAUAUUAAUGAAAAAAAAGUGGAAUACACAAUAAAAAUAAUUAUUUAAAAAAAACAAAGUGAAUUAAAAUAAACAAAAAACUACAGUGAAGUAUUAAAUAAUUUAAAAUUUUACCAAAGAAUUAAAAAACAAUAACAACAUCAGAAUAAAUUAACAGCAAAUAAUAUUAUAUAAUAUUGGAAAUAUUGGAAAUUAAGGAAAUAAAAUCGGAUUAUAACAUAUAAUUGGAUACAAUAAAUUAUACCAUAUUGGAUUAUAUAAUAUCAGCAUUAUAAUUGGAACAUAUUCAUUAUUAUUAUUUAUUUUUGGAUUAUUAUACUACAAUUUAAUUAAAUUCUGCAACAAUUUCAAUUUUUGCAACUUCAAAUUUCAUAUUAAUUAUUUUGGAUUUAUUAUGCUUUCAUUGUUGAAUUGCUCUGCUCAAAAAUGUUGCAUCAUAGUGCCGAUGAUUUAAUGGUCCAACAACAGAUGGCAAUCAUCGAUGAUCUAGAAUAUACAUCAGCAAAAUCAGCUGAAAAUAAAUCUGAAAUAGUAAAUUGCUUUCAAAAUACAACAGAAGAUCAAAAAGAAAAAUCAGCAAUUACUAGUAAAUUAGCAAUAGCAACAACAGCAACAACACAAAAUAAAAUUGACAAUGAUGAUGUGAUAGAAUUAGAUUCAUCACCAGAAAAAUCCAAUUUAAAAACUUUAACAAGUCCAAAUAAAGAUUUCAAUGCUAAGAAAAUUUCUUUAGAAUCUAUAACAACAACAUUAAAAGAAAAUUCAUUAAAAAUGCAACCAUUAGAAAAAGUUCGUGAAACAAUUACAAAAAGUAAUGAAACAUCAAAUAUAAAAUCAGAAUUAAAAGAUCAAGAAGAUGAUAGAAAUGAAAAAUGCAAUGAAAGUGAUCAAAAUAAAGAAAAUAUUGAGAAUAAUGAAAAUCAAGUGAAUGGAAAAGAAGAUGAAAUCACAGAAAUCGAUAAUGAAAAUCAAUUAGAUCAAAAUAAGGAUGAAAAAUCAAUGAUAAAUGAAAAACAAUUAUUUAAAGAUGAUGAAAAUAAAGAAAAACAGAAGAAUGAAACAACGUCACGAAAUGAUAAAAAUUUAGAAUUAAUGGAUGUUUCUGAAAAUGAAAUUUUAAAUGAGAAUAAAAAUGAUAACAAAAACUUAAUUAAAACUGAAGUAAAGGAAUCAUCAAAUUAUGCCACAAAUGAUAUUAAAAUUAAUGAUAAUUCAAAAUCUCCAGAACCACCUACCUCUAUUAAUACAACAACAAAUCAAUUAAAUAAUCGUAAACGUUUAAGAUCACGUUCAAUCAAUGAAGAUCAAAAUGAAUCGAAUAUUUCUAAUAAUAUUAGAUUGACAUCAACACCAUUAGCAAAUCAUAAAGAUCAUAAUAAAGAAUUUAUUAAUUCAACAGAACCACAAAAUAUGUCAACAGCAACGGCAACAAAAACAGUACCAUUAUUAAAUUCUACAAGCACAUCAACAAAUGCUUACAAUAAUAAUAACAAUAAUUGUGAUGAAGAUGAUAAUGUCGAACAAAUACAUCCAAUGAAAAAAUUACGUGCAGAACUUGAAACAAAUUUUACAAAACAUGAUAGUAUUUUAGCUGAAUAUAUUGAAAGAACAACAAAUGAAACACCAGAUGAUAUUGAUAAACAUAUUAGCCAAUUGGCAAUUGAAAUUCAUACAUUAAAUGAUAUGAUUAAAGCCAAAGAAUAUGAAUGGAAUAAUAUGUUACAUUUGAAAAAAGUUAAAGAAGAAAUCUGUUUUCGUUUAACACGUAAAAAACAAGUUAUGGAAUUAAUGGCAACAAAACUUGGUGAAAUAACAAAUCAUAUACCAAAUGCAACAACAUCAAUUGAACAAAAUUUAUUAGGUGAAAAAUUAUCAAUAGCAGCACAAUUAAAAAUUCCAAAUUUAACAAAUCAUCAUUUAUUAUCAUCACAUUCGCCACCAACAACUGGAGCAACAUCAGCAACAACACCGAAUCCAUCAUUAGUGGCUGCACAAGCUGCUGUUGCAGCAGCUGCAGCAGCAGCAGCAGCAUCUGGUGGAUCAUCAUCAUUAUCAUCGCCAUCAACAGUUGUAUCAUCAUCGGCGGCAGCAUUAGCUGCAAUGGCAGCAGCAACAUCAAAUUUAUUAAAUUAUUCAAAUGCAGCAGCAACAACAAUAUCAUCAGCAGCAAAUAAAAAUAAUACCAAUAAUUUCUUAAAUAGUAAUAAUGAAUUUUCAUUAAAUUCGACAUCAACAUCAGCUGCUCAAAAUAUUUUACAAUUACGUGCCAAUAUGAAAAGUUCCGAUUUAGCUAAAGAAAAAAAUAGUGCACAAAAAAUUCAUCGCCUUCUUGUUUCUAGAAAUAUCCUGCCGAAGCCAUCAACUGCAACAUCAUCAUCACAGCAACAGCAAUUGCAACAACAUCAACAAUUACUUGCAACAUCACUUAUACAAAAUGCUGCAGCAAAUAGUGGUGGUGGUGGAGCAUCAGCUUCACAAUUAGCUGGUUUAAGUGGUCUAUUUGGAUCAGCAACAGCACCAGUAGUUUUAUCAUCAGGAGCAUCUGGUGGAGGUGGUGCUGCACAAAUUCCAUUACCAUUAUCAAAUGUUGCUACCGGUUCAUUAAUGUCAGCUCAUACGCCACCCGGUGCAACACAAACUGCAACAACAACAAAUCCAAAUUCUGUAACAUCAUUAAAUCAUCAACCAACAAUAUUAAAUAAUUAUUUAACGGCAGCAGCAUCAGUUCAACAGCAACUUGGUGAAUUAUUUAAUGGUCAUCAUAAUCCUAAUAAUGCACAAAAUAGUCAAAAUUUAAUGGUCGGAAGACAAGGUGUUUUUAAAGAUGUUAAAAGUAUAAUUGCUGAUUAUAGACAACGUCAUCCAGAACAAGUACCACGCCGUGGUAGACGUAUGAAAAGCACAAAUUCCAAUGACGUAAGUGUUGGUGCAACUGGACAAAAUCGUCUUAGUAAUUCAGAAUUAAAUAAUCUAUUGAAUCGUCUGGAAGCGAAUUCACGAGCAUCGGACAAUGAUUCAUCAUUACACCACAGUUUAUUAAAUAAUGGGAAUGCAGCUGCAGCAGCUGCUGUUGCUGCAAAUUUAUCUACCAAUACUAGUGCUAACACUGGUAAUAUAUCUUUAAAAGAUGUUCUAGUCCAAUUUGCUAAAAUGAGUGGUCGUUUAAAUGCAGCUGCAGCUGCGGCAGCAUCUGCUGCUGCAAUGACAACACCAUCACUACAAAACAAUAUUAAUAAUAAUAAUAAUAACAAUAAAAACAACAAUAGUAAUAAUAACAAUAGUAAUAACAAUAAUAGUAAUAAAAAUAAUAAUACCAAAACUGCAAAUUGUACUGCCACUACGGCUAGUUAUAAUAGUUCUAUUGGCCAAAAUAAUUCCAAUUCUAAUAAUCCGUCUACAUUUCCUGAAGUAACAUUACAUCCAGUUUCUACAACAAAUCAAACCGCUGAUCAAAGCGGCUCACUUUUACAUGGAAUUUUAACUAAGUAUUCUCGUGGUGGUACAUCAUCAAGUCAUUCAUCGAAUUCGUCUCAAAAUUCUCUUCUUAAUGCUGUUGUAGCAGCUGGUCAACAACAACAACAACAAACAUCAUGUGCUCCAACUUCAACAACAACAAACUAUAAUAGUACAUUCUCACCAACAUUGGCUAGAUUAUUAACAGCUCCCGAACGUAUUACAAAUAAUUUAUCUGGAUCUCAAAAUUCAACAAUUGGAUCUCAUCAAACAUCAACAAUAACAGCAGCUCAGGCAGCAGCUGCUGCUGCUGCUGCUGCAACAUCAUCAUCAAAUUCAACAGGUUUAAAUUUAACAAAAGUUGUUGCUCAUAAUAGUGAAAUAACAAUAACUCCAGUUAUGAAUUCAAAUACUGCACAACAAACAGCAUUACAACACAGUCUUCUACAAAAACAAAUUAAAGAAGCAUUAAAUAUAUCAAAAAAUCUUAAUAGUGGAAAUACUAGUGAUCGUAUAAAGUCUGAAUAUUUUAUGAAUAUGGAUGACGAAGCUGAUGAUAGUGUUGACCGUUUGGUUAUUGAUGAAGGUGGCGGUGAUUCAGGUACAGGCGAAGAAAUACAUCGAAUUGCACCAAAUGCCAUUGGUCAAGAAUUUCAUGAAAACGAAGUACCAUGGUGUCAAGGAUGUAAAAAUCAAGAAGCUCAAUUUGUAUGUGCUGGUUGUGGAAGUCAAUGGUAUUGUAGUAGAGAAUGUCAGGUGCAAGCAUGGGAUGAACAUUCUGAAACAUGUACUGGUUAAAGUCUAAAACACAAGCAUAUUAUUAUAUGAAACACAUUAUAUUAAUAUUAAAUUUCAGAUAUUUACCAUGAAAAAUGUAUAUUUAAACUUAUAUUCAAAUUAAGACUUUAAAAAUUUAUUAAAAAUGAAAAGAAAAAAAAUUAAAAAUACUAUGAAACUACACACAUGUUAUUUACUAUUGUAUUAAUAUUAAAUAUAAAAAAUAAUAAAUUCACACAAAUAUGCAUAGCAUGUUAAAAAGGCAUGUUAAAAAAAACAAAAAUUAAUUCAAAGAAUAAUAUGCAACAUAUUAAAUUAAAAAUAAAAAUAAAACAG